UCCAUUUAAAUGCAUGGGUAUUUUAGUCAUUUUUAUUUAGAUGAGGAUGUGGAUGAAUUACCAAAUGAUCAAACAAACAAAAGUCCAUUUAAAUGCAUCAUUAAGAUGAACUACCCAAAUGAUCAAACAAACAUCAUUCAAAUGCAUCAUCCAAAUGGAUCAUUUGGAUAGAUCAUUUGGAUGCAAAUGCCAAAUGAUGAAACAAACAAGGCCUUAAACGAAUUCACAAGAUAACCUAAAGCCCUCAAAAUCUCACUGACCGCUGAUCGAAACCGUCCUUCAACCGUCGCCUCCUCCGUGAUGACAAUGGAGUGCGUUAAUCCCGAAGGUCUUCGAUUAGAUGUUCGCCAAGUAUGUAUGCAUAUCUCGCGUAUGUUAAACUUAGCACAAAUUCAAAACUCUUCGCAUCAAACCCUAGAAACGAGGAUGACGCCGAUCUUGAUGAAGGGACAUGAACGUCCAUUGACAUUCCUCAGGUACAACAGAGAUGGCGAUCUGCUUUUCUCCUGCGCCAAGGACCACACUCCCACCCUCUGGCUUGCCCAUAACGGCGAGCGCCUUGGAACUUACCGUGGCCACAAUGGUGCUGUUUCGUGCUGUGAUGUCUCCCGAGACUCGUCAAGAUUGAUCACUGGUAGUGCUGAUCAGACUGCAAAGCUCUGGGAUGUAAAAUCUGGAAAACAAUUAUUCACAUUCAAUUUUGGUUCUUCGGCGAGGUCUGUGGAUUUCUCUGUUGGAGAUCAUCUUGCAGUGAUUACCACUGAUCACUUCAUGGGAGUUUCCUCUGCUAUUCAUGUGAAACGCAUUGCGGAAGAUCCCCAAGACCAGGUUGGUGAUUCUGUGCUUGUCCUUCAAAGUCCUGACGGAAAGAAGAAGAUCAAUAGAGCUGUUUGGGGUCCUCUGAACCAAACUAUUGUUAGUGGUGGUGAAGAUACUGUUAUCAGAAUCUGGGAUACCGAGACUGGAAAAUUGCUCAAGCAAUCAGAUGUGGAAGUGGGUCACAAGGAGGCCAUUACAUCGCUCUGCAAAGCAGCUGAUGACUCUCACUUCCUUACAGGUUCACAUGACAAAACUGCAAAGCUUUGGGAUAUGAGAUCGCUGACUCUUAUUAAGAGUUAUACAACAGUGGUGCCUGUAAAUGCUGUUGCCAUGUCUCCACUUCUCAACCAUGUUGUGCUUGGAGGUGGUCAAGAUGCAUCAGCUGUGACUACCACUGAUCAUCGUGCUGGGAAGUUUGAAGCUAAGUUUUACGACACGAUUCUGGAAGAGGAAAUAGGUGGUGUGAAAGGUCAUUUUGGACCUAUAAAUGCGUUGGCAUUCAAUCCUGAUGGGAAGAGUUUCUCUAGUGGAGGUGAAGACGGCUACGUGAGGCUGCAUCAUUUUGACUCCAAUUACUUCAACAUCAAGAUUUAGUUAGAUUCUUUUAAAAUGUCAAACCAUUUUUUCAUCUGCAUAUUAUUCUCUUUUUUAACAUUUUCAGAAUUUUAUGUACUACCAACUUAGCAAUAUACUACUUUGAUGAAAA